AUGGAGAGCAUCUUAGUGACGGUGAUGAAGCCCACCGGGCUGACUCCGCUGACGGGCGACUCCGAGUCAUCGUCUUCUUCCUCCUCCUCCCCACCGCUCAAGUACUUCGGGACGCUGAGCGACAACAAGGAGGUGACGGUGCCCAUCAAGGAGUUCCCAUGCGUCAACCAGCGGUUCGAGGUCGAUGACGACACCGUCCUCUCACUGUGCCUGUACACCGCCCCCAGCGCGUGGCAGUUCGACAACGGGGAGCGCACUCUCAAGCGGCAGCUCUUCUACCCCUGCAUACUGCUCAAACACUUCGGCAACGACGACAAUCGCACAUACAGGUGAGAUGGACGGGAAAUGGGUGGAUAGAUGGAUAGAAAUCUGCAUGGCGGCUGUGAUGAUGAUGGCAGGUACGCCGUGGACCGUCCGGCAGGAGCUGGCGCUGCGGAGGAUCCCACUGCAGGGUCGAAUCCUAUCGCACACAUCACCAUGCAGGAGGUGCGUAAGGGCGGGCGGGGCGACCAUCCCGUCCGUCCAUAUCUGUGUGGAUGCUGUGGAUCUCUCCCGCUGCCUUUCCUUCCUUCAGGCUCUCCGUUUCUUCGAGUCCAACGGCAAAGAGGUGGAGCAGCUCGAAAUCACCGCAUCCAAAGUCAACGUACGUACGGAACCACCCCACCCUCCCUCCAUCCCUCAUGCCAUCUAGCGGCGUGUGUGUUUGUCAGGUGACGAUUCGUCGUCUGCCGGCGACCAGCCCGCUGCACUCGCUCAACCCGUCCUCCCCCAACCUCCGACUCAUCGACGUCGACGCCGCUUCAUUCGCCUCGGGGCACAGCCACACACGCACAGACAUACACCACAGACUACGACACACCAAGCCGCAUGCCAUCGGCGUUGGGCCGGGGAUUGGAGUGGGGGCUGGCGUGGGCAUGGGCAUGGGCAUGGGGAUGGGUGCGGCGAGUCCCUCUGGGAGAGUGUUUAACGUGCGGAAGGGGUCGGGCGGAGCGGUGAGAAAGACACACAGGAGGACAGGGCACCAUUGCCUGUGUGCACCCUACUGUGUUGUGAUGCGUUCCUGUCGGGUGCAGGGGUCUGGUUGCGGUCUUAGCGCGGGAAGUAGUGGUCUUGGGAGUCGCCGCAUCAUCCGUGGCGGGCCCUUCGGCUCCCUCGGUGCUGGAGAUGGCAGCCAGGAGGAUGGUGGGGGCCAACAGCAGAACAUAGAGGAAAACGCGGCCGAGAUACUCAGCGAAGUGAGGGGAAAGGAGAUGUGGGGAAACAGAGAAGUGGUGGGACGCAAGUACCCUCUGCUUGUUUGCUUGCAGCUCUAUCGCACGAGAAAUGAGCUCAAGGCCAAGGAGCUGCUCGCAGAAUCGGUCAGUAUGCACGGACAGGGCGGGGCAACGAUGGCUGUGUGUCGCUGUGCUGUGAGCCGUGGUCUCCCUCCCCCCUUCCCGCCUCCCCCUCCUAUUUAUCAGGAGCGUUGUCGUGCUGCGAGUGAGCUGGUGGAGAUCAAGCACCAGCUCACGGUGGCCAACGACACAAUAGAAGACCUGCAGGUGUACACCCCACCCCGCCCCGCCCAUCCAACGUCAAGUUGCAGGCCGCUUUGUAUGUAUGUGUGUGUGUGCAGGAGAGGAUCACAGAGCAGGGUCAGGACCUGCAGGCGGCUCACGAACGACUACAGAAGAUACGGGUGGGUGGCUGGAAGGCAAUGAUGGAGGCCCCUAUGGCCGUGUUCAUGUGCAUGGCUCACUCCACUCCACUACUGCACUGUUCAGGAUGGCCAGGCCGACAUGCUGCCCAAGCUGCUCGAUAACAUACACGCCAAUGAGGUGCGGACGGACGGACUGACAGGGAGAGCGCAGGCAGACAUGUGCUGUGCCUGUGUGUGUCGUCAUCUCCCAUCUGUCUGUCGCUCAUCAGUUGUGCGGCCGCGUGCGGAGCUGCUUUGUCAUCUGGCGGGACAACACAAGAUGCGAAAAACUGCAACGAGAGGUAAUAGAUCAACGAGAGGGGGGAGGGGGAGGACAAAGAACCCUCUUCUCUCCCUCUGCCGCUGCUCCCGCUGUACACCACCCUCUCAGCUGGCGGCUGCUCGCACCUCCCCGUCCACCACUCACGACGCCACACCCGUUCCCGAGCUGCAGGAAAAGGUACAUGACAUGACCACCAGAGAGAUGAGUGGUGGGUGGGUGUUGCUGUGUGCUGGCCAGCUGAGAGUGAAUGCAUUCCAUUAAUUGGUAGGGUGUUGUGUCGCGUCAGGUGAGUCACCUGGAGCAGCGGCUGCGGGUGGCCCACGGCCGUGAGGAGGAGCGGCUGAGCUUCCUCGCCACAAGGAUCACACGCAAACAGACACACCAUGCGGUCGGUAUGUGUGUAAAGUACCAACGCUGUGAGCGAAGCGAACGCACAGCAGGGGAGCUGAGCGGGGGUACUGGUGCACUGUGUGCAGUCUCGUGAAGUGUUUGGUGCCUUGAGGGCCAAUGUGAGCAUCGCCAGGGCGGAAAAGGACCUCAAGGUAAGGUAUUCACAUCGCAUCGCCGCUCCCACAUAUACUUUAGCUGCACACACACACUCUUCCGCGCGUCGCGUGUGUGGCUCGGCUCUUUUCUGUCUGUCUGUCUGUCUGUCUCUGUUCCUAGCGUAUGGAGGACGAGCUGGAGGGCACCAAGGAGAGGGGCCAGUACGCCGUCGACACCACACAGCGCAUGCUAGCCGCACAAUGCAUGUACGCAAUCACAUCAAAACACCACACCCACCACACAAUCCAAUACAAUGCACAUCAGCCAUUCCCCCUUCCCUCUCCCUCCCUCAUGCAGUCGUGAGAAGGUGGUAGCCCACGCCAGACUGCAACUGAGCCGUGCCCUGCAGUGCUGGCAGCACGCCAGGCCGCCGCCCUCACCGAUGGACGACCUCGGCUGCCAGACCGACGGCCCGCCGCGCGGGACGGCGAUGGGCGUGUUUGUGAAAGCUGAGACCAGCGAUGUGACUACAGCCACCGAGGAGAGGGAGACCGAGGACACAGCCGCACAGACAGAUAGUGGGUGGGACGUUAGAGAGCAAUUCAGGUAUGUGUGUGAGGGGGUGGGGGGUGGGAGUGAAUGCGUCUGUGUUAUGUUGUUUCGUAGGUGUGUGGGUGCGUUGCGAUUGAGUGGGUUGAUGAGUCGUCGCCAGGCGCUGCACGGCCGGUCCCCUUCAUCCACUCUGGUGAGCUAAGCUAAGCGAGCACCAACACACGUCAAGUCAACACACACGCAUGGCAUGGCAUGUCCAUCCAUCAAUUCUGCACACAAACCAUGCAGGUGGAGGUGGCCUUCUACGCGAUGCGGGCACACGCCGCCGUGCAGAUGCGGCACAGGCAGACCGAGAGGGCACACGUGGUCAGUCAGUCACCGCACACACACAAAUGCAACAAGAGAUGACGUGACGCCAUCUCUGUGUCUGUGUGCCUCUAUGUGCGUCUGAUACGAUAGGACCUUAUGGCAGCUGAGGCCGAUCGUCAGCUUAAAGAGAACACCAUCAACCUGCUCGAAGAGCGAGAGGUAAAAUAGAUCCAUGGCAUGCAUGCACCAGACCAUCCAUCCAUCCAUUUGUCUCACACCAUUUCCAUGCCAUUCGAUCAGCGUUUGCGUGAGGCGGAGGACGCGCAGUUCCACCGCACACUCGAGGAGGCCCUCAGCCAGGUCGAGACACUCUCACACCAGAACCAAUCCCUGGAGGUCGGAUUGCAAGGCCGAGAAGACAACACAACACACACACACACACACAGAGCACCGUCACACAAACCCAACCCAUUUGGCAUUGUACGUGUAUGUGGUGGCGUCAGCAUGAGCUCAGGGAGGCCCUUGAGUCGGGCAAGAUGGCCAGAAACGAACACGAACAACUCAUCAAGUAAGCCUAUCUGUCUGUCUGUCUGUGGCGCCGCUCCCGGUGUCACGUCACUGCCCUCCAUGUCAUGUGUGUAUGUGUCUCCUCUUCCUCUCGGUGUGCUGUCUCGUCUCUGUCCAUCUGUAUGUCUGUCCAUCAGGCAGCUGCACGACGAGCGAGCCGUCCUCCAGUCCGCCAAACAAGUCGCUAUGGACGCCGCACAAGUACAGUACUACUCAACAAACACACACAUCCACCCAACAUCAACACCCCCUCUCCCCUCUCCCCUCUCUCUCCUUCGCAUGCAGGCCUCAGAGCGAAAGCGUGGCGACCUGCUGGCCACCAUCGAGCACCUCAAGGCAGAGGCAGCCGACCUCCAGGACCAGCUGCGCAAGGCCACUGCCGCACGGGCCGGGGGUGGUGUUGGUGGCAUGGGUAUGGUCGUUAACGGCAGCGAUUCUGACGGCGGGGCGGAGAGCCUGGAGAUGGCGCGCCUCGAGACCACUAUCAAGAGGAACGAGGAGAUGAAGAAGCAGGUAGGCCGUCCCCGGCCAGCGAUGGGGGCGGGUGGGCGGCGAGAGGGGGGAUGGAUGGAUGGAUGUGUGUGUGUGUAUGUCAGAUGGCUGUGUUGGAGGGUCGCAUGCUGGAGCAGGAGCACAUCGCGGGGUCGCUGAUAGAGGUGGGUAUGCACACACCUCUCCACACACAAGAGGUGCAGGUCUUUUCUAGCUGCCAUCCACCGCUUACUGUUUUUAGGAGCGUAACAAGCUGCAAGAGGACCUACGGUCAGCAGAUGCCCCCUCCCCCCCCUUCACAAUCCAUAAAAACCGGUAUUGUGUCUUUUCUCUUCUCCUCUUCUUCCUCCUUCAGUCGUUCCAACGGUCAGAUCGCCAAGUUGACGGUGCAGUGCAGCAGCUACCGCAAGGCCCUCCAGCGCCACCACCUCCCCCUGGACCAACAAGACCUCUCCUCGCCGGACAACGACACAUCCCACAGCCCACCCGCAGCCCCACGUGUCCCCCGGACUGCACACGCCGACAUCGAGACACUCACAAACCCAAAGCUAUCGCUGACGCGCGGCAAGGACGGCCAGGCCAAGCGUGGCGCGGGCACCACCGGCAGGGGCCGCGGUAUGGGCGCGGGUGUGUCGACUAUGCAUCAGCAGCAGCACAGGGGCGGUGGGGGUGUGCGAGGGGGGACGAGUGUGGGGGGCCGUGUGAGGCGUGUGGUGGAGGCGCCAUCGCCAGACAAGAGGGACAGGCUACCCCAGCAGCAUGACGACAUAGACGAUGGAGCGGCCGACCUCAUGGUUAGUGCACUGAGCUGGAAUGAUCAACAUGCAUGUGCCCUCUCUCUCUCUGAGCAGCAUGGCCCUGAGCCAGUGUUGCGUGCUGUGGGCGGCCGAGGUGGGGGCAAUGUGGGGCUGGCCGAGACACCACCCGUAGCAUCGCCGCCCACUGGAGGAUUAGGAGAGGACGUGGGCCUGUCGCUGCAGAGCAGCAGCACGUCCCGUCUGCACCACACCCACACCCACAGCCACACGGCGUACAACGCCAACACACUGCGCAAGGCACAGCAGCAACUCAAGGCCGCCAAGUAAGCUGCCACGCACGGCUCAAUGCCGAGGGAGGAAAGGACCCAUGAUGCAUCGAUUAUUCCUCUGUGUGUGUGUGUAGGCAUGAGAACGCCUCGUUGCGUCAGGAGCUGCACAAGUCGCAUUCGAUAUUGGAGGGCAAGGAGGAGGAGAUCAACCAGAUGCGCGACGCCCUCUGCAACCUCAUCGCUCAGCUCGACAGGGUAACCACCAUACCGAUAAGCCGGAUAACCAAUACCGAUAAGUCGGAAUACCGAGGACCAAUGCUCACACAUCAAUGCAUCCAGGGAGGUCGUGUUGUGCUGCGUUUAUGUGCAGGCGACCCGUGGGAACAAGAAGGACGACAAGAAGGAGGAGGACACCAAGGACAACAAGGCCCUCACCGACACACAGGUCAGACAUGCGAUCGAGCCUCUAUGUGAACGUGGGUGUGGUGUGGCCAUGUUUGUGUGUCUCGGUCGGUGUCCGUGCCUGCGCAGGAGACGCUCAAGGCCCUCGUAGACAAGCUGCCCCAGCUAUAUGUGCGGGUAAGUAAGGCUCAGCUCACACACGGGCAUCUCACCUCUCGGCUGAUUGGGUGGGAUGGAUGCGUUGAUGCGUGUGGGGGCCGUAUGCAGCCUCAGGAGCCGCCCCUGUUGACCUACCGGCGGAUGGACGAGGCCACCCUGCCCCUGUCGUCAUCCGUCGCAGCACUCGCCCCAUCCCGCCCACAGAUGCCAUACACACACUCGAUCACCGGCACGCCACAAAUUCAACACAGGGUGCGGUGCGCACGUCGGCCGACAAAGAAACAACACACGAACGCACUCCACUGUCUGUUUGAUGUCUGUCAGGCGUUGCCCGGGGUGGUGCACCGAGGCCAUUUCUCGUUCAUCCCGCCACCCACACACGCACCGGCACCGGCACCGGCGGCCAUCUGUGGGCCGCCCCAGAGCACCAUCACCACGCCACGCCAGAUGACCUAUGGGGGGCCGCCGGUGACCAUGGGCAGUAGUGGACAGGUGCCUUUGGCCAUGCUGCCCAACAGCCCCAUGAUCACACACCGACAGCAGCACAUCAUGUGAGCAAAUGGAUGAUGGGGAGGGAGGGAAAGGUGAUCCAACGGGCUGGGGGACGUGUGUGUGUGUAUGUGUGCGGUUUGUGUUUCGUUUGUCAGCCCUGGGCCUAGUCCAGCGUUGUCGUACCGUCCUGUUCUGCAUGGCGUGCAGCCGAGGCCGGCACUCAACGUCAUGUACCACAAUGCGCCGCCCACUGCCGCCGCUCGGCCGGCCCCAUCCGGUAGCUAGGCGGGGAAUGGUGGGAGACACCCACCCCACCCCAUCCCACACCCAUCCUCUUUUGUCCAUGUGUGUCUCUCUCUAUUCAUCAGCUCAAUCGGCGGGCAUGUUUUCGGCACUCGACCUCUCCCAGCCACGCCGAAGCACCACUGCACCACAGGUAGGUACGGCGGCAACCAACGGACGCACCACAGCACAGCACGGCACAGCGCUACCCCCAUGUCGAGACUCUCUCGUGUGUCGGUGGGCUGGCAGGGUGGCUUAGUGCCCCAGGUCCACCCCACCCAGCCCAAGAAGAGCCUCGCCUCACAGCUGGGCGUGCUUCACGAGGAGGCCAGCGACGAGGAACGCACAAACAACCAGAACACCAACACCAACACCAACAGGGGCAGUGCCUACCCGGUCUCCAACGCAGAGGAGAGCGACGCGGCCAUGGCCGUGCGGCGGCACAUCACCGGACAAGAUAAUGUGAGGAGGGGCGGUGGCGGCAGUAGAGGUGGCGGGCGAGGCGGAAAGCACCACCCUUUCAAGCCGUAAUCCAUCGACGUACGUAGGGGAGGAACAUGGUAGAUGGAUGGAUGAGCUGGGGCGGGUGGGGCAGGCAGGCAGGCAGGCAGAGGGGAGGGGUGGGACGGAUUUAAUUGGCGGCGUGGCAUUUUUCGUGCCCUUGGCAUGCAAGCGUGGAUCAUGGCUGGCUGGCUGGGAGGGGGGCGAUGGUAGCUAGCUGGCUGGCUGCAUACAUUCGUGGCCAACUCGGUGGGGGUCAUAUGUUCAUGAUGUGCUGCGAUGACGUCUCCCACUGCCUGGAUGGAUGACCGAUGGAUGGAUGUGUGACCGGUUUGGUUUGCAGGAAUGGUGGUGGGUGAGAUGAGAUGAGUGCAUUGGGUCGACAUUCGGCGAGCGAAC